GCCCCAGCCUGGAAGAGACGACCUGCCAUCUGAGUUUAGGUUGGGUGUCGCACUGACCCCCGAACCGGUCGUACGCUUUUGGGAGAUCUGUCAACUAGGGAUCUUGGAUCUCUUACUUCUCAGCCCUACGCAGGAUUAUUAAAAACAAACAAACAAACAAAAAACACAGCCAUGCCAUCAAGAACACCCACCCCUAUAAACAGGAGGAAAAAGCCCACCAAAGUCAUAAUUGACUUAUCAAAACUCUCUCAGGAUGAUUACGAGCCCGUGGUGAAGAUAUCCGAGUUCGACUUGGGAAGAAAGAUCGGGACGCCAAAGGACAUCAUGCUGGAGGAGUUGUCGUUGCUCAAGAACAAAGGAUCCAAGAUGUUCAAGAAGAGGCAGCAGCGGGUGGAGAAGUUCAUCUACGAGAACAACCCCGACAUCUUCAUUGGCGACUCCAUGGACGAGCUGCAGAAGUUUGUCCCAACAGUGGGCGGUCAGAUUGGCAGCCACACAAUACAUCUAGGUGGAUAUCUCCUCAGCAAGGAUGCCAGUCAGCUGCAUUAUGGAGGGAUGGUGUUUGGAGGAGGGGCCCCCGUGCCUCCCCCAAAACCUGGGAGCAAGGGCGGAGAAGCUGGAGGAGUCGGAGGAAGAGCUGGUGGAGGCCAGCAUGGGAAAGAUGGACUACAUGGAGGAUCUGGUGAAGGAUCCACACCAAAAGAUGGCGGAAAAGACGACAAGUCUAAGAAGAUGCACCUGAAGACCUACAUAUCACCAUGGGAGAAGGCCAUGAAGGGCGAUGAAAGUUUGCUCGCCACCCUGAAAUUGACCAUGCUCGGUCCUGCUCAUCAUAUUGAACUGUGCAAGUACAAAUGCUUUAACAGGACUGCCAUGCCAUACGGUGGAUUUGAAAAGGCCCUCCAGUUCAUGAAAUUCCAAAUGCCCAACACUGAGAAGACCAAAGUGGUGGCUGAGCCCACGGUAGUGUACGAGCACGACAUCAACGUGCGGCCUUCCUUCAAUCGCACGCCCAUCGGCUGGGUGGGCAGCGGCGAGCCCAGCAGCAUCCACGUGGAGCUGGACAGCGUGCCCUACGACGGCGAGACCGAGGAGCUGUGAAGAAGCGGCCACUGACGCCCUCUGUGCGCACACAGACAAACAAAUAACAUGCAAAUACAUGCUGGCAUGCACAUUCACGCGAGAUGAGCUUACAACUGUUGCUUGAAAUGAUGGCCCAGAUGUGGUCAUGUUCAUGCUCUGAAAGGUAAAAGAACAAAAUGUACAUGGUCAAGAGAGAAUAAACA